AUUACCACUACCAGCAGCCAAUAUCAUCGCCGGGUUGUGUCUUACAUCAUCGUUUAACCGAUCAUAAAAACGCGAAGCAGGUUACACAUGCGAUCAUCGUAUUUGGUGUACCGCGAGCUGCCGACGGGGAGGUGAUAGGCUUGGAGCAUAGAAAUGUGGACUCGUGGAAACUCGAAGAUUAGACAAUUCACAUAUAUGCAUAUCUCCCAUACCAAUAAAGUGUGAUAUUUCAUUUAUUCCAUCGAUAAAUUGUUGGGAUUUUUGCAUUAACGAUGACAAUUUUUCUUGUCAACACGUCGAUUGUCACUGUCAUUUUUUGAAUGUGUGGAAAGUUUCCUCAUAUGGCGAUCAUCAAAUUCACACAAAAUUGGUGUGACAUCAACGUUUUUCUUGCGCAUACGAGAAUGAGAGAAAGGAAAGUAAAUAUUCAAUAACUAAUUCGUAAAAUGCAAUGUGCGACCUGACCAGACUCUGGACCGACAUUCAAUCGGAUUGUCCUGAUCUACGCGUAUGCUUCAAACACUUCAAACGUUCCGAACUUGGAAAAUGCUCCGCUGGCGAAGCAACGUUGGGAGAAGGUGUAUGAUACACAUCAAUAUUAAAGAUCUCCAUUCAAUGAUUUUAUGGACCUGCCGAUAUCUUAAUUUUUUGGCUUAAAAGAACACUCUGCCAGGUGAAUCCGCAGUGAUAACUACUUUGAAGUAAGCGUUCCAGAAUGAACGUGACAACAGCAGCCCACGGUGCUGCGAGUACCCUUGCUGAGUUUGUAGGCCUCGAGGAAAAUGUAAGAAUGGAUAAAAGUGGCGGUAUUAUGGACGGGGACCUUGGCGUCUCACCAGUCACCCUAUCACCAGCUUGGUCUAGAGUCGCCCGGCUUCUUUUACUGGCUUCUCUUGCGGUUGGUGGAAGUGUCGGCAAUGUCUUCAUGAUAUCCGCAAUAGUUGUCGAAGAUCAAUUGAAAAAACGAGGAAAUGCGUUUCUAGUAAACGUUGCUUUAGCGGAUCUAUUGGUGACCGGCCUUGUAAUACCGGUGUCCGUUAUCGUGAUCCUGGCAGGACACGAAGAAUCUUUAAGCACCUGCCGCUUUGAAUGGACUCUCGAAGCGCUUUGCUUUCUGGUCACCGUGCUAACUUUGACCACGAUAGCAGCCGAGAAUUACGCUCGCCUUUGUUUACCCCCUGAAAGAUACAGCUUUCUAACAGCGAGCCGAGUGACAGUCACUAUAAUCGUCAUUUGGCUCAUUGCGGUGAUCGCUGUGAUUCUUCAAUCAUCUAUCAACGUCGGACCAGACUUUUGCCUACGAAAAUUUGGCGGUAUAACGAUGGAGCAAAUAGUGGGUGUAACGAUAUUGGUCGGUUUACCUGCUGUAACAAUUACCUUGCUUUAUGCGAUGCUCGUCUUGUGCGUGCGCCGAGCAACGAGGGGAUCCUACAAACCACCGAUCGCCUUUUCUUGGGACUACGAAUUAACUAAAGCGAACAUAUACAGCUGUCUGAUGUUUAUGAUAUUUUGGUUGCCCUUCGGCGCUGCCGUAUGCGUGAAUUCGUUUCGACCGAUGAGUGCUCACGUUCUCUAUGGCCUAGCCUGGUUCGCCUUUUCCAAGUCUUGUUUCAAUAAUCUUCUCUACUGUGUAGCCGAUCGACACUUCCGCAGCGCCUACGUAAAGCUCUUUCAUUACUGCUGCUGCAAAACGACCGUGAACUUCUCUAGAAGAACGCGCGCCGAUGCUGGCAGGAAUUCUAGUGACGUGCGUUUAAGAGUUCAUAUCAUCCAUUCUUACGCGAGUCCGGCUUCCUGUAGACCUACUGUGACCAGACCGAACGGACGUGAAGUCUAUGAGCUCUAAAACAGCUUUCUAUUAAUGUUUGCUAUUUCCUUUCUUUUGUCUGCCCUACC